GUAGUUUAACAAGAAUUUGGGCAUAGGAGAAAACUACAAAUACUUGUAGACAAUUUGUACUACCCACCAUAGAUCGAAUCAAGAUCAACAGCUAAUUUCAUCUUCUCCAAUCCAAAUUCGAUAACCUCACAAAAAUUUACAGCAAAUCUUGGAGAAAGAAUGAAACCCCAUGAAAAAUAGUGAAGUAUUGAAGAAGUUUGAAAGAAAUCUAACAGUGUGUAGAGAAUUCAACAUUUGGGGAAGUGGGUGUGAUUGAAAAUCAAGCAAAAUAGGAAUUUGUUUUUCAGGACCGAAAGGGGGCGGCGGCAAAAGCUCUGAACCACAACCAAUUGUGGUUCAGAGGUUGUCGUCCCCAAUUCAAGCAGUAACAGCAGCUGCUGCUUCGUCGUUUAGGGAGAAUAGUUUUGGUGCUGGUGAUAGUACGAAGAUGAAGGGUUUAUUUAAGUCUAAGCCCAAGACUCCUGCUGACCUUGUUCGUCAGACCCGUGAACUUCUUAUGUAUGUUGAACGGGUUAAUGAUACUCGUGAAGGCAAACGAGAAGAAAAGAUGAUGGAGUUAAGCAAGUCAAUCCGGGAAUUAAAGAUUAUUCUUUAUGGGAAUGGUGAAUCCGAACCCCUCGCUGAGGCUUGUGCUCAGUUGACCCUAGAAUUCUUCAAAGAGAACACGCUUCGGCUAAUAAUUAAUUGUCUUCCCAAUUUGAAUUUAGAGACCCGCAAAGAUGCUACUCAAGUAGUAGCAAAUCUGCAGAGACAGCAGGUUCAGUCACGGCUGAUUGCUUGUGAUUACUUGGAAGCAAACAUUGAUCUGAUGGACAAAUUAAUAUUAGGAUAUGAGAAUACAGAAAUGGCUUUGCAUUAUGGUGCAAUGUUGAGGGAGUGCAUUCGCCACCAGAGUGUUGCAAGGUAUGUCUUGGAGUCUGAGCAUAUGAAGAAGUUUUUCGAUUAUAUUCAGCUGCCAAAUUUUGACAUUGCUGCUGAUGCUGCUGCCACCUUUAAGGAACUCUUGACAAGGCACAAAUCAACAGUAGCUGAAUUUCUUUCGAAGAAUUAUGACUGGUUUUUCACAGAGUAUAACUCAAAGCUACUCGAGUCUAGUAACUACAUCACCAGAAGACAAGCUGUCAAGCUCUUGGCAGAUAUGUUGUUGGACCGCUCAAAUUCUGCUGUGAUGACACGUUAUGUUAGCUCAAGAGACAACUUGAGGAUUCUCAUGAAUCUGCUCAGGGAGUCAAGCAAGAGUAUCCAGAUAGAAGCAUUUCAUGUCUUCAAGCUAUUUGCGGCAAAUCACAACAAGCCUCCCGAUAUUGUUAGCAUCCUUGUAGCAAACAGAAACAAACUUCUUCGCCUCUUUGCUGAUUUUAAGACUGAAAAAGAGGAUGAGCAGUUUGAGGCUGACAAAGCGCAAGUUGUCAAAGAAAUUGCAGCCCUUGAACCGAAGGAAAACAAAUAAAUCGCAGUCGAGGAACGCGCAACAGUGUGUCAUUUUUUUU